UCUGAGCUCUCUAAGUAAGCUUAAUUUGAGAAAAAUGAAAACAAUUUCAACCAAGGAGCUUACUCUCUUUGCUUUAGCUACAGUGGUCUUUCUAACAUCGAAUAUUAUGUGCCUAGAUGAACUGAUGAAGUCCAGUCUGCAAAGCAGAGAAGACAAUAAUGAUAAAUAUUACAAGAUUAAAGAUAAUAUCUUGGAAGAAAAGCAGAGAAGUCUCAAUUUUGAAGAAAUGAAAGACUGGGGAUCAAAAAAUAUCAUUAAAAUGAGCCCUCCUACAGUAAACAAGAUGCCAAAUUCAGCAGCUAAUUUACCUCUCAGGUUUGGAAGAAAUUACCCAGAAGAAAGAAGCAUUAAACCGAAUGCUAAUAUGCCUCUGAGAUUUGGGAGAGCUUUUGGAGACAACAUACCUAGGCGUGCUCCAAAGGUAUCACACAGGCUUGAGAGAUCUCCAUUUGUUAAAAGUUCCAGUCAAUCACUUCUAAAUUUGCCACAGAGAUUUGGGAAGUCGCUGUCUGUCAACCUGUCUCAAGACGUUCAGGAAUAUGAACCAGGGAUAUGAAUUCUAACAGUUACGUUAGAAUGGAAUGAGCUCAUGAAGACAGAAACUGAAAGACUUGGAAAAGCUGCAAUGUGUUUUCAAAACAAAAAAAAACACAAAAAAAGAUCAUAAAAAGGAAGCAUGAGAACUGAAAUACAAACUUGUCUCCAUGUUAUGAAUAAUGUAUUUAUUCUGUACAAACCCUUGAUGUAUAAGGCAAUGAUAACUGUAGUGAUUGUUGUAGCAGUUUACUUCAGUGACAGUGUAGUACAAAUUCUAUUUACUUCUGUGCAACUUCUGUCCUGUUGGUUGUAAAACCUUAUUUCAGAACAACGGCUGUAUAACUGAAAGCAUUUUAAGCAAAAUUAAAAGAAGCAUCGUAUGAAUAAAGAAGCAUGGUACAAAUAAAAAGAAGCCUAUGAUGUGAAUAACAAAUAGAAGCAGGAUCAAAGUCACUGGUAUCCAUUGUGUCAUAUGCAGCUAAAGAAAAUCAAGU